UGACAAUGGAUAAAAAGCGAGAGGCUUUCGAAAAAGCAUGUUCAAAGAUCAGUGUUCCAGGUGUCAAACUUGUACUUAUCACGGAGGAAUACUACGAUGCCGCCUUGAAGUUUGCUCUAGAACAUUUCAUUACUCAUGAACCUUCGCAUGUAGCCUUAGGUGUGCCUUGGAACCAAGAGGUAGAGAAGUUCUGGUUAAAGACAUUACAACUCAAUCUGUCUUUGAUGUUCUUAAAUGACGAAACCGGCGAACCAAUGGCCUUCCAAAUAAUUGAUAUCGCACAGCUUGACGAUAAGAUAGAGUUAGGUGCAAUUCAAACACCGGCAUAUAAGGAACUGAUUCGUUAUUGUGUUUACUGUGACGAACAGUCGGAUUUCUUCGAACAUUUUGGUAUAACGGAAACAUUUCACCUUCUCGGACUCGCAGUGGCGGACAAAUACAAAAGGCGUGGCAUUGCAACACAGAUGGUCAACGCAGCUAUUGAAAUGAUACGAAAUUUUAGAAGUGGUCCGGUGUGCGUGAAAGUAGAGGGUUCAUCCAUUUUUUCUCAGAAAAUUUUUGAAAAGUCAAACUUUGAAAUUUUAUUUGAGCUGCCAUUCGCAACGUGGGAAGUAGAUGGACAAUUUCCAAUUCAGAACACAGGUAUACACAAAACAGUGAAGGCAUAUGGCAUUAAAGAAAACUCAGGAAGAAUUUCGUUUUCCAGACGCUAAACUCGAACUGAUUUCGGAGGAAUGUUUCCCAGAUAUGUUUAAGGCACUCAAAGAAUGUUUCUUGACCGACGAACCACUAGAAAGUCAUUAGAAAUGUCAUGGAGUUCGGAUGUGGAAGA